AUGUUCUCGUCAGCCUUCAAGUCCUUCACCUCAAACAUCACUUCCAACUACGAGAUCUCAAAACAGCCAUCUGCAAAUGUAGGUGUUUGGAAUAUCUUCGAAGCCAAGAAGCGUAGUACAGGGACCCAAGUGUCUGUUUUUGUUUUCGACCGCAAAGUGCUUGAUGUGGCUUCGACAGCAAGCUUUGGUGCCAAGACCAGCUCAACAUCUGUGAGAAAAGCACAAGAUGAGGUCGUCGAUCGCCUCAAGAAGGAAGCCAGCCUUUUGGCCCGACUACGACAUCCCUCAGUACUACAACUCAUUGAGCCAGUCGAGGAGACCAGGAAUGGAGGACUGAUGUUUGCUACUGAAUUAGUGCUCGCAUCACUUUCCGCCGCCCUAAGCCAAAAAGAUCGUGGUUCUACACAUGCUCGGAGGAACGAGUCGAACUCGAAGACCAUACACAAUGUGGACGUCGAUGAGCUAGAGAUCCAAAAAGGCGUACUCCAGAUUGCACGAGGUCUAGAGUUCUUGCACGACUCGGCGAAAUUGGUACAUGGAAAUCUUACGCCUGAUGCGAUCUUCAUUAAUGCAAAAUCAGAUUGGAAGUUGUCAGGUCUAGCCUUCGCUGGUCCACCCGAUAAUGCUGAGGGGCACCAGACGUUGCCGCAGCUUUCACUCGCAGAAGCCUUGCACGAUGAUCCAAGAAUCCCAUCAAGUGUACAGCUUAAUCUCGAUUAUAGCUCCCCAGAUUUCGUGAUCGAUUCGAAUGUCAAUUAUUCCGCCGAUAUAUACUCCCUUGGCAUGGUGUUGGUGGCCUGCUAUAGAGAGCCACAUAGCUCGCCCUUCGAGACACAUGGCAAUACAUCGACUUACAAGAGAAUAAUGGCUAGUCCUUCGUUGACUCCAGGACCUCGCAACAACUUUGGCUGCACGAACAAGCUGCCAAACGAAUUGGAAAACACUCUGGUACGAGUGCUUGCUAAGAGGCCAUCCGAUCGUAUGACUGCUGUCGAGUUCCAGCAGUCGGAAUACUUCGACAAUAUACUCGUCAAUACCAUGCGGUUCCUUGACGGGUUGCCUGCAAAAACAUCGGCUGAAAAACAACAGUUUAUGCGCGGAUUGGCUCGGGUCAUGCCACAGUUCCCAGUAUCUGUUUUGGAGAAGAAGAUAUUGAGCGUCCUCCUCGAGGAGAUGAAAGACAAGGAUUUACUCUCUGUCAUACUACAGAACAUCUUUCAGAUUGUGAAGAUGGUACCAGGCCGGAGAGAGGUCCUAUCUACUAACGUCUUACCCAAGCUCAAGGAGGUUUUCACUGCACAAGCCAAAUCUCAGGAACGUGAUACGAGUAAAGAGGCAGGCUUGAUGGUCUUUCUCGAACAUAUCAAGAUCAUCAGCGACAACACUUCUGCUCAGCAAUUUAAAGAGGAUGCUUUACCUAUCGUGCAUGUAGCUAUGCAGUCGACUAUACACUCUCUGGUCGAUGCUGCGCUAGGCACGCUCGCAACAAUCCUGCCUGUGCUUGACUUUUCGACUGUGAAGCAUGAUCUAUUUCCUGUGAUUGCGAACGUAUUUGCAAAAACCAGCAGUCUUGGCAUCAAAACAAGGGGGCUCGAGGCAAUAGCUGUCCUGUGCGGUGCCAAUGAUGAAACCUCAGCAGCAGGUGGUGAUGACCUUUCCGGUAUCGCUAGCAGAGGCGAAGAGCACAAGAAGAAUCUCUCUAUGUUGGACAAGUUUACCAUGCAAGAGAAGGUUAUGCCAUUGCUCAAGGGUAUUAAGACCAAAGAACCUGCAGUCAUGAUGACCGCACUCAAGGUUUUCAGACAAAUUGCAAAGGCAGGUGAUGUCGAUUUCCUUGCAACAGAACUCAUGCCAAUCUUGUGGACCUUCGCUUUAGGCCCACUCCUGGAUCUUUCGCAAUUCAACGCCUACAUGGAUGUGAUACAAGCUCUGACGCAGAAGAUACAGCGUGAGCAGGUCAAAAAACUACAAGAACUUGCGACAGUUAAUAGGACAGUGGCCGACAGUCGCGAAAGAGCAUCUGUGACAAGUUAUACUGGCCAAGCAAGCAAUCACGUGAAUGGCACUGGUGAUGAAGUUAACUUCGAGAAGCUUGUCCUUGGCAGCCGAACAAAAGAACAAAAAGACCUGUUUGGUGGAGCUCUGGAUGAUGAGCAAAAGUUAGUGCAAAAUCCAGCAUCCUAUUCAUGGCAAACAUCAUCAGGACGGGCAACUCCUUCACAAAGAAUGGCAACGCUACAACCAUCUCAAUCGCAAUCACGUUCUGUCACACCCGAUGUGUCGGCGAGCUCCUUCCCUUCCUUACAACCAACCGAUUCAACAUCAAUCUGGUCACAACCAUUACAACCCGGACCACGACCUUCUGUUGCAGCAGCCAAUUCCUGGACCACACCAAGCACAAUGCAGCCGAUUGUACCAGCUCAGAAUAUGUGGAACCAGCCAUUGAAACCGCAAGCGAAUAUGGGCGCUUCUAACAUGCAGGCCACAAGCUAUCUCUCCACACCAACUACUUCAAACCUAUACAAUGCUACUGUUAGGAAUACAAGCAGUAUUCCCGCUCCCCUACUAGCUCCACCUCCGCAGAGUCCACCCCCAAUCAAUAGUUGGCAGCAUCGAGGCUCUUCUCAGCAGGUGUCAGCGAUAAAGCCGCAGCCUUCGAAGCCGGCAGGACUGGACAAGUACCAGUCACUUCUGUGA